AUGGCAUCAUUCGGCAUAGACAAUCUACGAGCAUCUGUAAUUGAUGGUAGAUCCAACAAUGUUAGAUACAGACAAAAUGAGCUUCAGAGUCUCCAUAAAGCUCUACGAGACAAUGUCGACAGGAUCACAUCAGCAAUCUCAGAAGAUCUCUUCGGCCACGUUCGAAAAAUCGAUACUGAAGUCCUAUGCGUUUUUUAUCUUGCUUCUGACGUUAUCCGGAGAUCCUAUCAAACGCUUAAAUUCAAGGAAUCGAUAAGCAACGAAUAUAAGGUUGCCAAUGGUAUAGAUUUCUUGUCGCGUAAAAUUGGAAAGGGAUUGGUAAUCAUUCGGCCGACGACGCAUACAAGAUUCUACUCAAUCAUAUGUCCGAUAGCAAUUGCUAUCGCCGCCGGGAACUGUGUCUGUUUAGAGCUUGGGGACACAACUUCAAAAGUUGAUAGCAUCUUGAAAGAACUGUUACCCCAAGCCUUAAACAACGACACAUUUUACAUCUCACCGAGGAAUCUACAAGACUCCUCGAUCCUUGAAUCGGCACUACUAGUCGAUCAAGCAAGCGAUUCUUCAACCUCGAACAUUAAUCAACUCAUCUCAAAAUCGUCAAAUCGAACAGUUGCAGUUGUUGAUCGAACAGCAGAUAUUGAAAGUGCAGCCAAAUCUAUUGUCACUACUCGAUUUUCUUUUCAAGGAACUUCGGCAUACAGUCCCGAUUUAGUCAUCGUCAAUGAAUUUGUCAAAAGUGAUUUUAUAGAAGCUUGUACGAGACACGCGAGCAAAUUCUUUUCCUCUAAUAGCAGUACCCAAAGUAGACAAAACGAUGGAAUUUCUGCCACCAAAAAGCACUCAGGGAAGCUGAAAACAAAAAGCAAAUCUCAACUUUUGGAUCCAAUAACUUUGUUCUUGGCAUCGACCAUUACAGAGAUGAAAAUUAGCGGCUGCAACCUACUAAUCAUGGGAACUACAAGUUUAUUGGAUGCCAUCAUGACGCAAAAAUCAAAAUCUCCAUUACUCGCCUUGUACAUAUUUUCAGACCUGUCAACCGCAAAGUUUCUCGCUCAACAUUUCAAUGCCAGCACCAGUUACGUAAACCACAUUCCACUGCACCUCCUCGUUGGACCCGCUGCUCCCUCAACACCACUUCCAAUUCCUGCGUUUCACAAAUAUAGCGUGGAGAUAUUUUCAUCUUCAUGCCCACAAUAUACCGCUCUUCCGCCCGAAGAUUUCUUGCUUCUUAAUAAGGUUCUUGCAGGGGGAUCAGAGGGUCAUGAGCUUCUCAAAAAGACUCGAGAGAGUGCUGUAAAAGCACUGCCGGAAACGGGUCAGGCUCCUGGUCAUGCCAUUGGGUUUUUUGAACAGGGAAUUUUGUUGGGUGGUGGUUUGUUUCUGUCGGUUGUUGUCCCGACUUUAGGUUAUGUAUCUUGGGUUGGAGGGAGGUCUGCUUGGGGCACCAUUUGGAGGCUGUGGGCGGAUAGAGCUUGA